UCAAUUUUAUUUUUUAGUUUCUCAGGCAUCUUGGAAAAAUUACAUUUGCGGCCGGGUUUUUGUGUAUUCAUUGAAUAGAGAAUAACUGUAAAGCCAGCAAAAAUGAUUACUGACGACAGUGGUGUUAAGUUUUUCGAUCGCAAAUUUGUGGCAGCCAAUUUGCGCAGUCAAUUGCGCUGCCCAAAAUGUACGCGCGAAUAUUCGCAUAAGCAUACCAAAGGAGUUGCAGCAGAAAAUCAUCGACCCUUUUUGCUGCCUUGCGGUCAUAAUAUGUGCGAAUUUUGCAUUUCGAAGCAUCGCCAGCAAAUGGACUUUAAGUGCGCCGUUUGCUUCAGCUCAGCGCAGCCAACAAUUACCGCUAAGGAUCCGAAUGGCAAAUAUGUGGGCGACAUACGUGACUAUUACGAGCUCAACUAUCAUGUGCUGGGCGAGACAAACAGCCUCGAGUACUAUCGUCGCUACUCGGUGGACUCGGUCAACAACUCGCUGCUGUGUCCCUCCAAUAUGAGCGAGAUUGUGCUGGAGACCAAGUGCAGCGAGUGCGGGCACUGUGCGGCGGGCGGCGAGUGCAAGCAGUGUAAUGCCUUCUAUUGCAAACGCUGCUUCGAAACGGUGCAUCACCAUAGUCGCGUCCUCAAGACGCACGUCUUUCAGCGACUCGUCGAUAAGAAGCGCGCCUCCAGGGGCAUUCGUGUCGGCAACGACAUCUUUCGUAUGCCCGUCCAGCUGAUGUGCAGCGCCCACAAUGCACCGGCACAUAUCUACUGUACCACAUGCAAGCGCAACACCUGCGAUUCGUGCGCAACCAGACAACAUGGCAAUCAUAUCACGUGCACAGUAGGCGAAAUGAAUCAUCGUUAUGUCACCGAGAUUCCAACUACAAUAAACUCCAUAGACGCGGCUCUUUUCCAAAUCAACAAUGCGCGGCUGGUGGUGAAGAACACGAAAGACAAACUUGGCAACUGUGCCGCUGAAACGCUGGACAACAUCACCGAGCGUUUCCGGCUGCUGCAUGGCCAGCUGCAGAAUGCCCAACUGCAGGCCAUUGAGAUGCUGCGCGAGUCCAGCCUGUCGCCGCAGGUGCAGCUGAAUAUGGCAAUGAGCCAACUGAAUGGCUAUGAGACGGUUCUAAAGAACCUACGCCAAAUCCUGCACAGCGGUAUUAAUGAUCGUUUUGAGGUGCCGCAGGAUAUUUGGCUCAAGGAUGUUAUUGUGAUCAUCACUGAGCACCUGGAGAAAAUACCCACCUAUGUGCAGGUUACCAAGAUCAACAACAAUCCCUAUCACUUAAACACCACCAAUAAUCUAUCGGAACUGAUUGAGAAGCAUUUUGAGUGCCACUUUGUGGACCCCCAAAUUAAGGUGCGCUUCAAUAACGAGUACGGUCAUCAGAGCAUCAUCUCGGACAGUAGCCAGCCGCACAACUCGCUCGACUCGAGCGUGAGCAAUUCCUGGCCGGACCAGAAAGCAGCUCACCCGAAUCCUGCUACGGGCUCAGCACACGGCAAAAAGCAAAAGCGUCGCCCCAAAGAGAUCAAAAGCAGCUGCAGCUCAAUGAAUAGCAACGUUGUUGAGCAACCGGACCAACAGCACAACUUUGUGCACACAUUCUCUGCCAUGGAUAUCAGCAAGUCGAAUUCGAUGCAAUCCGCAUCCAAUAAUCUUUUGAAUCAUAUGGGCGACUGGUUCCACACUGAUGCAAUGGUGCGUGUCCGUUCGAUUCAAUCCCCGGAGGAUUUCUACGUGCAGUGCAUCAAUGCGGCCCAACGCAUACGCGAGCAACUGGAGGCAUUUGCCGAGACGCCCGACUGCAAGCCACCAGAUGUCAUUGUGGUGGGUCAGCAGUACAUCACGUGCCACAGUCAAACCGAAAUGGAUCGCUGGCAUCGUGCACUGGUCAGCCAGAAGGCGGAAAUGCGUGAUAUCUAUAAUGUCUUCUUGCCGGACAUCGGUCUCUCCCAUAUGGUGCACAGCAACAACUUCCGUCGCCUGCCCGACCAUCUGGCAACGCUGCCGUAUGCCGCCGUCCACUGCAGCCUGAAGCAGCUGAUGCCGAGCAAUGGCGGUACCGAAUGGGAACCACAGGCGGGCGCCUUUCUCAAACAGAUGGUGCAAAACAAUCCAGUGCACGUUACUGUUAUGCGCGCCUCGGGAUCCCAGUUCUACGAGGUGGAUCUGAUCAUAAACAACUACGAGUCAAACAUUUCGGUGCGUGAAUCUUUUUUAUACACAGGCAUGGCCCGUGCACGUGGACUUGCCGCCGCGCAGGUUCCGCAACCACAACAGUUGAUGGCGUUGCAAUCGCAGAGAUUGCCGAAAUUUGUGCCCCAUGUGGGGGAUGUGCUAAUAAUCCAGAUGCUCCAUGUUGAGCAUCCGCAAGAGUUCUAUGUAAUGCCGCACGAACUGGAGCUGAAACGAUGCACUCUGCAGCGCGAGCUGCAAGGCUUCAUGGAUCACCUGAGUCUCAGCCAGCUGGAGCCCAUCUAUUUGGGUCGCCUUCAGCUGAGCUGUGUGCUACAGUCGGAGGGUCAAUGGCAACGCGCCUGCAUUGAGCAUAUGCUGCCCGAGGGUUAUGUGCAAGUACGUCUGGUGGACAGCGGCAUCUCGCAGAAACUCUACUGGGAUCAGCUGUUUAUGCUGCCACACAAGUUCUGGACACAAGAGCUGGCCAUCAAGUGUCGCCUAGCCGAUGUGGAGACACUGCAGGCGCAUAACUAUGCUUGGACACCAGCUGCAAUUGACGCGUUCAAGCAGCUAACAUCGAAUCCCAAACUUCAAAUGGAGGUGGUCUAUGUGCGCGACAAGGUGGCCCAUGUCGCGAUCCAUUUCACGCGCAGCGGCAAUGAGCAAAACAAUGUGGGCGCCAUGCUGGUGGCCCAGGGUCAUUGUCAGUCCAGUGGCGAGAGCAGCAAAGUAAUUAAGCCGCAGCCUGGACGAUACUCACAUCUAGAUGCGGAUACCCGCAAAUUGAUUGAAGAGGCCAAGUUGCAAUUGCAGCCAUCGAUGCCUGCCAAGACGUUAGAUAGACAGAAUCGCUCACAAAUCGACGUGAUCUACGUAGAGCAUCCGGGUGAAUUCUAUGUGACGCUCACACAUUUCGUCUCGGCCCUUGCUAAGCUAAGGAAGACCGUACAGGUAAACGCCGACGAAAUGUACCAGACCCAUCCGCCCAAGCAAAAUUGGCAGCCGGGUGAUAAGUGCUUUGUGCGUGUCAUGGCCAAGGGGGAUCUGGAGCUGCUCUGGCAUCGCGGCCAGAUUGUUGGACCUACCCAAGGAGCCAACUCCAAAUACAAUGUGCGUCUGCGCGACAUUGGCGAAGUGGCCCUGGGAGUACCUACCAGCAGCCUGGCCAUCAUGGAUGAGGUUCUGGAGCGCGUCAGCAACAGCGCCUUGUGUUGUCGUCUGUAUGGAAUCAUUCCAAAUGGCGCUGAUUGGUCACCGGAGGACAUUGAGUUCUUCAAGACACAGCUACAGGCUUACAGUACACUGCAUGUUAUCGGGCAUGGGCGCGAUGGUGGUUGCACGCGUGUCACUCUGUGGGGCGGACACACCGAAAUCAGUGGCCCCUUCUCACCGGCACGCAUCAAGUAUACGAACAUCAAUGAGCUAUUUUUGCAGAAAGAUCGGGCUUUAAGCGAUCCACUGAUUUUACUGCAACAGGAUCUGCCAUUGUUAGCCAGCAGCAGUAGUCGCAGUAGCUCGAAGGGGGAAGAUGAUGAUGAUGAUGAUGAUGAUUCUGAAUUGCUUGCCUGCCUCGAAAAGGUGGGCAGAACUACAGGAUCCGUGCCCUUGUCGCAGGAUUCAUAUUUCAAACAGGAUUUCGAGCAUAACGAUGAAAUGCCACCACUGGAGCUGCUCAAGGAUUUAAAUAUCAACGCACCCACCACUGGCUGCAGUGAGCCACCGCCGGCCUGGCUGCAGCCGCGUCAGUGCAAGAAAAGUAUUUUUACCGCUCUACCCACCUAUGUAAAUCACCAGUGUGAGGUAUACCUGAGCCUGGCCACCGAUGAGUCGUUUAUACAUCAUAUGCGCAAUUUGCUGGUGAAGCAUUUUAAGCCCCUGCUGGAGAAACAGGAGCCCAGCAUCUAUGUAGUGGGUCAGCCCGUUGUAGUCAUCUACCAUUUGGACAAUCUCUUCUAUCGCGGCAUUGUCCAGAGCAAGCUGAGUCCCAAGGGUGAGCACAAGGUGUACUAUGUGGACUAUGGUAAUGAGGAGAAGGUAAAGCCGACCCAGAUGCUACCCUAUGCGCCGUUCCCACAGCUAAAUUCCCUGUGCUGGCGCGUGGGAAUCCACGGUGUGCAGCCCAAGCAGAAAAAUUACUCAUUGACGACAAUGGACACUGUGCAUCAGACUGUGGUGAUGAAGCUGAGCAGCGUGCGCGUGGUGGAGACUCAAGGGGUCAACGGGCUGCCGCAAUGCCAACUCAAGGUGGGCGACAUGGAUAUAGCCACCAUGAUGUUGAACAACGAAAUGGCGGUACGCGUGCCACCCCAGAGUGAUCAUGAAAUUAAACAGAAGCGCGCAGAGAUCCUUAAUAUCUUCAAGGUGUUCGAUGAGCUGAAGCAGUUGAGCGAGUUCCAGCCGCCGAUAAUGGGCAGACAAGCCAAUACAACUGCCCAACCGCCGCCGACUAAAAAAAAGUACCUGAUGGACAGCAGAGAGAUGCAGCAGAUGCAGCGUUUGGAUUGCCAAAACGAUUUCGAUUGCAAGGAGGCGGCCAAACAAAAGCUCCAAACGAGCGUCGAUUUUGAGAAAGGGGACAGCGAUGCAGAUGAUUCGGAAGAAAGAAAUUCAACCGAGGGCUUUUCGGAUGACUACGUCGACGAGGAGAUCGAUGAAGGUAUUUCCAAUGAUGAUAACGAUGAAAACACAGCUAGUCCCGUAACAGAGCAGGCUAGCUUUAUACCACCGCAGGGCAUAUCUGCCAUGGAUCAAAUGCGUCGUCGCAUUCAACUGCGCUAUAAGCAGGAAAGGUUGGAGAGCGCACAUUUCUCGCCAAUGGACACUUCCACGGAGCGUUCCUAUCACGACGGCGACGGCUGCUUUAAGCCACAAUGUCUGCCCACGGGCGUCGAUCAAUUUACGUGCAGCAUUGACAAAGUGUUGUCUGCCACAGAGCUGCAGAUAACGCCACAGCUGACCGAAUUUGCCAAGCAGCAAAUUGUUUUGGCCCAGGAGACGAGCGCAUUGAUCAGGGAAGCUGCCCAGCUGAAUCCAGUGCAGUUAAAUACAUUGUGUUUGGCCCGCUAUAGUCGUGAUAGUCAAUGGUAUCGCGCCGUUAUCAAGGAGCUGCAUCAAGCUGCCAAUCAGGCGACUGUUUACUAUAUCGAUUUCCAUGACACCGAAAUGUUGCCCUUUAACGAUCUAAAGGUAAUGCCCAAGCAGCUGUUUAUGUUCCCGCUGCGAUCAUGCCGUGUCAAACUCUAUGGCAUCAAAUUGAACAGAAACUUUGCGGACACAUCCGUGCGUCAGGCACUCCAAGCGUGUCUAUGUAAAUAUCCCUCGGUGUUUGCACGGGUUCACUAUCCGAUGAAUUACAAUGACAACAGUGACGAUUUCGAUGAUUCGGAUCCGGGUUCGUCCAGUGACUCCAUCAGUCAAGGCUUUAAGCUUUACGAGGUCGAUGUCUAUGAGAAUAAAUACAAAACCGAUCUGCUAUAUAAACCCUUAAUUGACAGUCGAAUGCUCGUAUUGAAAUAGUUAUAAAAUGACAUGUUAAUUAAAUGUUCUCAAUCAGAAGUAGCCAAAAAAAGAUGCAACUACCAAUUAUUUA